AUGGCUACCUCUCUAGAUAGCCCCGCGCCAGUGCUGCCUGGUCGAGCACUGGGGUUCCUAACUCUCGGAGCAUCUCUACACCAUGUUGUUACCCGUCUCAAGUCUCUUCCUGAGAUAUACACAGCACUAGAGCUGAUCUACGACUCCUCCCGGCCUCUGCAAGAACCUGUCAUAUUACGACUGCCAGAGAACGGUCUACGGCUACGAUUUGAUGGGCCUGACCAAAGACUACGCCUGAUUGAAGUCCUGGAUUUUAGCAAAAUCGCCCUUGUCUACAAGACUCAGGAUGUAGCAAAGGCUUCAAAGUCACCCUCCGAUCCGCCGGCCUCUGGCCCUGGAUUUCGCCAUAUAUACAACAGAUUGUUUGGACCUACUUAUCCAGGCGAAUAUAUCCCUCCCGCGGCGGGGGGACUACAGGGUACCUAUGUCUUAUCCUAUCCGGGAGUCGCAUUCUCCUUCACCUUACUCCACAGUGCGUGGUCGGAAAAGCGGGAUUUUGUAUCCCUCAUGUCUUCUUCGGCUGCUUCCUUUGCUACCUCGAUGGCAAUAUUCCAAGGUUCGUCUUGGGCUGAUGGCCAGAGCAAUCUGUUUACCCGUCAACCACAGUACCCACGAUCGAGCGCGUUAAUGGGGAAAAAUAAGGAAUCAGUUGCGGACGAAGUGGAGCUUGUCAAGGUACAUGAGGGUGGGCACAUCGAGCUUAUAAGACGGUCGAGCAAUCCUUUCUGGAUUACUCUUGGUGAAACGACCCCUCAAGAUCUUAUUACGGAGCUGGGACCCCCGGAUGCGAUCUAUCGAAAGAGUGAUAGUCGGAUUCUGAUUCACGGUGAAGGGGAAAAACAUUUACAGGGGGCAACAAAUGGUGGAGGCAACUUACCAACUCCUCCUACUGAUUCCUCAGACAUUGAUCCACAUUUUGAUAGUGCCUUAACGGAUGAAUCAGAAGAGGAUUCAGGUCCAAGAGCACACCAUGAAUCGGGUACACUGCCCAGUGACUGCUUCUAUAACUAUUUCAGUCACGGUUUUGAUGUUUUAGUUGCCCCGUCUUCAUCUGGCCGCUCUCCCGGAUCCCCCACAAGAGAAUCCUAUACAACUGGGGGUACGCAGGAACUUGUUACCACCAAAUUAGUGCUACAUGGCAACGUGCCAGGUUCAUAUCCGUUUAACCGACACAGACGAUGUCGAUGGGUAUUGCACGUUGGCUCUAGCCAGGAAUUCAUCACUUCCGAAACGCCAUACGAGGAUGUAUCUUCAGUACUCAAAGAACGAUGGCGAGGUAGCUAUUCUAGCCCUGCAGAGGAAGCUUCAUUCCAGAGGGGGAUGGUAUUGAAUCGUGGCUGGGGUGAGACACCCGGUAGCAGCGUUGAAUUUCUAGGCAGCUGGGAAGAAAACCCCUCCGCUAGGGGUAAACCAGGCUCCGGCCCUGGAAUGUCUAGUUCACUGGGAAAUACUGAACUAUAUGGCUUCCCUGUUAUAAUCAGCAACUCCAACAGCGAGAAGAGAUGCAACAAGGGGAGCAUGCCGGGGCUGUCGCGAUCUCUCGCUCGAUCUUGGUCAUCGACGCUAAAGCUUCCCAAAUCCACGUUCCCUCCGCGAAUAGCAUUAGCUGACCAGGCAAAAUAUCUCAAACGAUGCAGCGAUGACCUUUACAGCUGGCAGCAGCGCAACAGACCUGCAACGGCUAGCUUCACACUCCACGACGGGCCUCCGUAUGCCAAUGGCGAAUUACAUAUUGGACAUGCCCUGAAUAAGAUCUUGAAGGAUAUAAUUUGUCGCGUUCAAUUGGCAAAAGGGAAGAGAGUACAAUAUGUGCCUGGCUGGGACUGCCAUGGUUUACCAAUUGAGCUGAAAGCGCUUCAAGGCCAAAAGGAAUUAGGUGACUUGAGAUCAGCCGGAAGAGAUGGAGCGGCACAGAUCCGGUCUGCCGCGCGACAGCUCGCAGAAAAGACCGUUUCUCAGCAGAUGGAAGGGUUUCGAAAAUGGGCAAUCAUGGGAGAUUGGGAUAAUGCUUAUACCACGAUGAACAAGGACUUCGAGCGUAGACAACUGGGCGUAUUUUUGGAAAUGGUUGAAAAGGGACUCAUUUACCGGAGAUACAAGCCAGUGUACUGGUCUCCCUCGUCCGGCACUGCCCUUGCUGAGGCAGAGCUAGAGUAUAAGGAAGAUCAUGUCUCAACCGCAGCUUUGGUUAAGUUUGCUCUGGAAAAUCUACCAGCUCGGAUCCGGGAAAAUUCUCUGCUUUCCAAUAGUGAUAUAUCUGCCGUAAUUUGGACAACGACACCGUGGACACUCCCCGCAAAUGCUGCCUUGGCUGUUAGCCCUACCCUUGAAUACACCAUUGUGGAUUCUGCCCAUCAUGGCAAGCUCCUAGUGGCGCAGUCUCGGUUACAAUACCUUCAGGAACUACUCGACGAUAAUCUUAAGGUUAUUGUGCCUGCUAUUCUAGGUUCCGAAUUGUUAGAUUCCACCUACCGUCCUCAUUUCAAAGGCCCUGAAGCUGAGAGUCAACGAAUAAUUGCUGCAGACUUUGUGACAGCUGAUGCUGGGUCCGGAAUUGUUCACUGCGCACCAGGCCAUGGUAUGGAAGACUACGAAACGUGCCUCGCUCUCGGGAUUCCAGCGUAUGCGCCUGUUGAUGGUGAGGGUCGGUUUACCCAAGCUACUAUGCCAACACAGCCUGAUCUUUUAACGGGAAAAGCGGUCCUUGGAGAUGGCAAUAUUGCAGUUAUUAAGUAUCUCUCGGAAAAAGGUAUAUUGAUGCACAAACAUGCUUAUAAGCAUAAAUACCCCUACGAUUGGCGAUCGAAACUUCCUGUCAUCAUUCGCGCUACAGAGCAGUGGUUUGCUGAUGUAGGCGAUAUCCGGGGAGAAGCCAUCCAAGCCUUGCAAUCUGUCCAAUUUAUCCCACCGAGUGGAAAAUCAAGACUAGAAACUUUCGUCAAAAACCGAAGUGAAUGGUGUAUUUCUCGCCAAAGAGCUUGGGGUGUUCCUAUACCGGCAUUAUAUCACCGCACCACUGGCGAAGCUAUCCUCACAAAGGAAAGCGUUUCCCAUAUUAUGAAAAUAAUCGAGGAACGAGGCAUAGAUGCCUGGUGGACCGAUGAUGAAUUUGACCAAGCGUGGUUCCCACCUUCCCUUCGCAAUUCAAGUUCACCGCAAUAUAAGCGAGGGACAGACACCAUGGACGUCUGGUUUGAUAGCGGCACUAGCUGGGCUCAACUAAAGGAUGAUAGCCCUGACAAAGCCCCUGCUGACGUGUACCUUGAAGGAAGCGACCAACAUCGUGGUUGGUUCCAGUCCAGUCUCUUGACAUAUAUAUCUCAUCAACUCUCCCAGGGUGGUAACUCUGGGUUUAAAGCUCCAUUCAAAACACUAAUCACACACGGGUUUACACUUGACCAACAUGGUCGUAAGAUGAGCAAAUCGAUCGGAAAUACGAUACAGCCAGACGAAAUCAUGGGCGGCACACUGCUCUCACCACUUAAGCCCAAGAAGGUAAAAGGAAAGGGACCGAAACCAAAUCUUGAAGUUCCAAUAUACGAUGCGCUUGGCCCAGAUGCUCUUCGACUAUGGGCUGCUGGAAGCGAUUAUACGAAAGACGUAGUUAUUGGCCAGCAGGUAUUAAAAGCAGUGAACAUCAGUCUUCAUAAAUUCCGAGUGACUUUCAAACUCCUUCUCGGUGCGCUUCAGGGAUUCGAUCCAAAGAAUGAAGUUCCAUACGAAUCCCUAUAUGCGAUUGACAAGAUUGCACUGUUACAGCUCCAUAACCUUGUCAAGACAAGUCAGGAAGCAAUAGACAAAAUGGAAUUCUUCAAAGCAGUGACCGCAAUGAACAAAUGGGCCAAUCUAGAAUUUUCUGCGUUCUAUAUCGAAGCAAUCAAGGAUCGAUUAUAUGCGGAUUCAGAGAAUGGAAUAAGUAGACGAGCUGCACAGACGACUCUCUUCCAUAUAUAUACGCAUAUUCAAACCCUUCUUGGGCCCAUAGUCCCUUUGCUAGUUGAAGAGACUUGGGAGCAUACCCCUGAAAGCAUUAAGGAAGUGAUGAGGCACCCUUUUCAACGAACCUUGAAGUCCCCUAAUAUCGAAUGGAGAAAUGAUACUUUGGAAUACGAGUACUCCGUUAUGGUGGCAGCUAACUCUGCAAUAAAGGCUAUGCAGGAAACCGCUCGAUCUAAGAAGCAAAUGGGCUCCUCUUUACAAUCAUUUGUGCAUCUUAUUCUACCCAGAAGCUUCACCUUAUCUGAGCAAUUGCGAUCAGAGCUCCCAGACCUCUUUGUCGUAUCAUCUGUUACCUUAGGGUCGGAAGCCGAUCCUAAGCCAAAUGAUCUUGCACAGGCUGAAUGGACGUACCACUCUGAGUUCAAGCUACCAGACGACCAGACUGGAAAAGCUUAUGUGUAUACUCCAAGCCAAGCCAAAUGUCCUCGGUGUUGGCGUUAUGCAGUCAAACCUACAGAAACCAAACCAAAAGACGAAGAGGAACUCUGUCAUCGCUGUGAGGACGUCGUGCGCGAGAUAGACCAGAAUGAAGCAGAUAAAGCUGCUGCCACUUAA